UACCAGUGAACGAACUGUGGCAUCCGCGACUUCUCACGUACAACAAACCGGAGGUCCAGAACCUAACUCGGAAGCCGCGAUGUCGCCGGAGGGCGACUCUUUGGAAGCGGUAGACCAGUUUACUUCGAGAUCUGCCAACAUGGAGAGCGCGAUUGACGGUUCCAGCUCUAGAACACCUCACUUUGAUGCCACUAUUAAUCUGGAAAGCAGUACUAUCUGGGAAUCAGAUGAACUUGUCGUAAGAGACGCCGUCAACCCUGUGGAACCUUUACCAGUAUUCGACAUUGAUUCCGACUUUACGAUGUUCGAGGCCUAUCCACCUCUAAUCGCUUUCCUGAAUACCGGACAAAUCUCACCGAUCACGGCGUCGGAUGAGACAAAGUCGAUCCAGGCUGUACCUUGCCAUUUCAUUAGCAAUAUUGAGAAGGCGUGCCGAAAAUACAUCGCACAGACGCUUGGGCUACCAGAGACCGUUACCAUUGCAAAAACCCCGUCAACACAUCUAGAUAUUGAGAAGCGUGGUGUGCAAUGCAUCUCUGAUGUAGCCGCGAUCGCUGUCUAUCUUCUGACCGUCUUCUCCGGGUUGGACACUUACAUAUAUGGGAUCGGAAGUGAUGUGCCAUUCGAACGUAUCAUGCGCUGGAGGAUCAGCCCGACUCUGCAAAACCGUCUAGCCAUUCCAGACCCAUUCCGUCCAACUCCUCUUCAAUACAACUUGCUGGACCACCCCGUGGCUAUUGACUUCGUACCGUCAUCGUCAUUAAGAGACCAGCUGAUUCUGAAGGCCAGCGAUUGCGACCUUGAUAGGAUAAUCCAGGAUAUUCUGCUGCAUACGGUAGUGGAAGUGCCAAAACAUCGGGUGGCUCUAGCCACGCUUGAUGUAUACAUGCAAAAUAUCUUGCCGAGCGACAAGACGCACGAGCUGGAAAAUCGCGCAAUACUAGCACCGUCGUGGUCACUCUUUCAGUACAAUGCCACGCAAAUAGAAGAUAUCCUGGUUCAUGAAGUAUCGUGGAGAAUGAAAAAUGGACCAAGGGCUGGUCUGAUGUCCGGAGAAAGUGACCCGAUAAUACCAAGAUUUCGGAAGAACCCAUUGGCUUGCAAAUACGGUCUUGAUCGAGUGGGACAGUGGAAGUUGAGCAAAGAGUUUCGUGAUAGUCAUCCUGAUCUUGAUUGCACAGUUUGUGAGUUCAGGCCUUUCACUAUUUCCGCACUCCGAGCUCACAAUAAAAGCUACCUCAUCAUACCCUGUGGUUUCAUGGAAUUCAAUUCCAGCGUUCUAAGACGUAGCAAGAACGGGUGAAUCCUGGCCCCUAAUUUAGGUUGUAGUUUCGAGCUACGGGAAGCGAGGGCGGUGCUUGAAUAAAGCACUCUAGAA